AUGUUGAGCGAUUUUGUUUUGAAAAGAUGUGUUACAAGCGCAGUUGAACUGGCAGAGUUCUUUCGUGUGUUCGGACACGUCACCGAAACAAAAAUAAUUUUGGACCAUUCGGGUCUAUCCAAAGGUUACGGUUUCGUCACAUUUGAGUCGAAAUCGUCCGUCAAAGCUAUUGAAAAUAUCGGUGUGAUAUAUUUUCUUGUUUUUAAAAUAUACUACUGGCGUCAAAAUACAUACAUUCCCCAAACAGACCCUAUUAAUUGGAAUUGUUAUCCCUACGCCAAUCAGCAAGUUCCAAAUGCCAGCAAUAUUCCAGCUGAAGCUCAUACUCCAAGGAUGGCUGAAAUACAGACGUACCUAUAUGGAAAGAAGUUUCCAAACAGAAUUUUUGUUGGACGCCUUCCUCUAAAUACAAGCGCGGUUGAACUGGCAGUGUUCUUUCGUGUGUUCGGACACGUCACCGAAACAAAAAUAAUUUUGGACCAUUCGGGUCUAUCCAAAGGUUACGGUUUCGUCACAUUUGAGUCGAAAUCGUCCGUCAAAGCUAUUGAAAAUAUCGGUGCGAUAUAUUUUCUUGUUUUUAAAAUAUACUACUGGCGUCAAAAUACAUACAUUCCCCAACAGACCCAAUGUUGCAUGGGUUAUUCACCACCAAUUACGGGUAUGUAA